UUUAUAUAUUGUUUUUACAGGCACAAAGGACUAACCGGACAAUUGAAGAUUGAGGGAUUUUCAGAUUUGUUGUUUGAGUCGUGGCAACUUUGUAGCAGAGCAUCGCACAAUUUUUUUGUAUGCAGUAAAUAUAGCAUUCGACAAAAAUGGUUGAUUUGAUCGGAGAGUCAUCGCAUAGCCAAAUAGGGAAUGUUUCAGCUAAGGAAAUGGACGAAUUGUUAGUUGAUAGUGAUGGCAAUGAUGUUGAAGACCUGUUACUGAAUAGUACAGGAAGUAUCGGUCGGGUUAAAUUCGUAGGUUUGAGCGUUGAUGCUGCUAAGAAGUAUGUAUUUUCAGACCUUGAUGUUGCCUAUGCCUUUUACAAUGCAUUUGGGAAGGUCAAUGGAUUUUCAAUUAGGAAGUUAAAGGUUGGGCAAAGUGAGAUUGAUAAGCGCAUACUCUGGCAAAUAUUUGUGUGUUCGAGACAAAGAUAUCGUAUUUUCAGAGGGGUUGAUGAAACAAAUAGGAAGAGAGCUCCAAAGCCAGAGACUAGGUGUGGGUGUGUAGCACAAAUGUGAGUUCACAUAGAUGUUGGCAGGGACUGUUGGUAUACAACAUUAUUUCAAAAUGAACAUAAUCAUGAGUUAGUACCCCCAACUUUGAGCCGGAUGUUGAGAUCGCAAUGGAGAAUGACUGAUCAAGAAAUUCAAAGAAUGAACGACAUGAGAGAUGCUGGAAUUUCCACAACCCAAAUCUAUAUGCAUUUUGCCGAGCAAUCUGGUGGUUUUGAGAAUGUUAGAUUUCGAAGAAAAGACAUGUACAACCAAAUAGAAAAGCAAAGGCAAUUGAUGGAAAGUGAUGUGACCGAAACAUUGAAGUACCUAAAGAAGCGGAAGAAAUUAGAUCCAAAGUUUUACUGGAGCUACGAGGUGGAUAAACAAUGGUGUGUUUCGGCACCUAAUCUGGAUGGACAGGAAGAGCCGUGUUGACUUUGAAGUAUUUGGUGAUGUUAUGGCCAUUGAUGCAACUUACAAGAAAAACAAGUACAAGUUUCCACUGGUAGUUUUCUCAGGAGUGAACCAUCACCUUCAAACAAUAGUUUUUGGCAGUGCAAUUGUGGCUGAUGAAGGAGAAGGAACUUACAUAUGGCUGUUACAGAGAUUCGUGGAAGCAAUGAAUGGUAAACGACCAAAUGCUGUGAUAACUGAUGGUGCCAAGGCUAUGAAGCUUGCAAUUGAAAAGGUCUUUCCAGAUGCACACCAUAGGUUAUGCGGAUGGCAUUUGUUAAGAAAUGCCACAGCCAAUGUCUCCAACCCCAAGUUUACCCAACAAUUCAGGAAAUGCAUGCUUGGCAAUUAUGAGAUUGAUGAGUUUGAGGAGAGGUGGGCAUCAAUGGUUAAUAUUUUUGGGGUUAAGGACAUGGAGUGGGUUGAGACCACUUAUGGGAUUAAAGAUAUGUGGGCUACAGCACAUAUGAGAGGCAAGUUCUUUGCCAGGUUGAGAACUACAUCGAGGUGUGAGGCACUACAUUCGUAAGUUGCUAGGUUUGUAAAAUCUGGCUAUAGCAUUAAGGAAUUCCUCCAUCACUUCCGCCGGUGGAUGGGUUUGUUGCGGAAUAAUGAGGCUGAGGCUGACUAUUACACCUCAUACGGGUGUCCGAUAAUGCAAACACAGGUGCAAGCAUUGGAGCGAUCAGGAGCAAGUAUUUAUACAAGGGAGGUGUUCUACUUGUUUUGAUCAUUAUUGUUGAAAGCGUCAAGUGUGAUAAUAGUUGAUUGGCGAGAGACUUCAUGUAGUGUGAACUAUGAUGUACGAAAAUAUUGUGAGUUAACAUGAAAAUGGGUUGUAUCU